AUGUAAUACAUAAUGUUGAAUACUUUUAACACUUUAUUUUAUCAUACAAUUUAUUCAAAAAGUGAUUUUUAUUUGAGGAUAUAGUUAAUCUAAGCUGGAAAAUAUGAUAUUCUAUUUUAAAUAUGAUACUGUAAUUUUUUAUGAUUAUGUGAAAAGUUAACAGGAAAUAUGUCACAGCAUAAAGGAUUAUCAACACCGCAAAAUAAGUUUCUUGAAACUAUUGCUGCACGUUCAGAUGCAAUACAUGCAAAUUUUGUACUUGGAAAUGCCCAGAGGAAGUAUUAUCCAAUUGUUUAUUGCUCAGAUGGAUUUUUACUGCUAACGCAUUAUUCACGAGCAAGUGUAAUGUCAAGGAGUAGUGUAUGCCAAUUUCUUUGGGGACCAGAGACUACACCGACAGUUCGUAUGGAAAUUAAUCAAGCAUUUCAUAAUCAUUUUGAGUAUAGAAAUCGGGUAGUCUUUUAUACACGUAUUGGUGAACCAUUCGCUUGUGAUUUUACAAUGACACCAAUUAGAAAUGAAAAAUCUCAGGUCGUUUUGUUUCUAUGCUGUUAUCAAGAGAUUUGUGGAAAUUUAUUACCACCUCCAAUACAUCAGUCUUUGUCUUGUUUCAAAGUGAAUCAUUCAAAGCUAUACUCUGUGCUGUCAUGGGCAUCUGAAUUACCAUUCUCUCGGAGUUAUUUACAAAUGAAAGCGGAGAACUAUGCUGGAAACGUAGACAACGAUGGAAAUUCAUCCAAACGUCCUGACUCCAAAAUCAAUCUCAUUACUACCCAAACUACUGGUAACAGUAGUAAUAUUUGUUGUAGUGCAGCAGAAAAUCAUCAACUUCUCACUUUACCAGCAUACACUAAUCAACAGAAAACAGACAAGCAUUACCUAGAUAUACCUUCAAAUUUUAAUCGUAACACAUUCAAUUCACAUUAUAACAGUCAUGAACUUAUAAGACAAUCACAACUCAGUGUAAACAAGAGUUCAUUCAAUUCACCGGAAGAAAUUCAACUAACAGGUAAAGCACAUUAUCCAAUAGAAUAUUAUUUACCAUCUAAUUGUCAGACAACACAAUCGUUAGAUAUUUUAUCAAAUCCCAUGUGCAUAAAAUCAUCUCAACAAAUUUCUAUUACACAAAAUACAUGUAUUUAUAGAAAUGCAAGUAUUUUAUCUCUACCUCAAAUCAAAUUACAUCUAGGAAAGUUUAGUCAAAAAAAAGCUCAAAUAAAAGCCAAUAAUAAAAUUAAUGAUGAAAAAGUUCAUGAAAUUUCAUCAAAUGUUAAAUCAACUGAAAGUAUUACCUCUUCAUCCAAUGACAGUUGUAAUAAACGCACAACUUCAAAGUAUAAUCAUAUUUCGAAUGAUGCUAUAAACGUGACACCAGCAGAAAAUAAUGCAAAGAAUGGAAUCUGGAAAAAUGCUAAUACUGUGCCUUUACCAGAUGAAAAUAAUCCAUCAAAUAUUGACCAACCUUGUAAAGAACAAUACCACCAAAAUGAGUCUGUAUUCUCCAGUGAAACAAAAAGUGCUUUUGUGACAAAUACAAAUAACAAAACAGAUCAGCUGGUUUCCGAUUCAAUUGAUAAUAAUCACCAUACAAGUUUUAAUUGUCUCACAUGCUUUUCAGGAAGUAUAUCAGACAGUCAAUCAAAUAUAGGCGGAAGUACUUCUCCGGGAUCGAAUGAACCAGAUCCUCAGAAAUAUUCAUAUAAACGUCGAAAAUCAUACGCUGUAAUACAUGGGUUGACCUCUGGUGGAUGGAAAACUAAAGAUAGUAAUUCAGGCAAGCUCAAUAGGCAAAUUAAAAAUUUCAGCGGUAAAAAUGUACCAGAGUACAAAAUACAAAAGCUGACAAAAUCCAAUUUUGUUUUACUGCAUUAUGGCCUAUUUCGUAUUGUCUGGGAUUGGUUACUGUUAUUGUUAACCUUUUAUAUUGCAUUCAUUGUACCAUAUAAUGUAACAUUUGAAAGUCAUUCAACUCAUUCAAGUCGAUGCAGUAUUAUUGACUUGAUUGUUGAGAUCUUUUUAAUUAUUGAUGUUAUUUUAAAUUUUCAUACAACCUAUGUUAGUAAAAGUGGUCAAAUUAUAAAUGAUCGCAAGUUAAUUGCAAAGCAUUAUGCUAAAGGAUGGUUGAUCCUGGAUUUGCUAGCCGCUCUACCAGUUGAUUUUAUAUUGAUUUUUAUUCAGUCUUCUUCACUUAUAAAUUUGGAAGAUGUGUAUAUUAAUUCAAGAGGGAAACAAAUAGAUAAUUCGACCAUAAUAUCAAAUUAUACACAUGAGAUUAUUUCGUCAUUCGACGGAAACAAAUAUUACGAUUCAAAAGCUUUUAUGAAAUUUAAUUUGAUAUCAUUACUACAAAUGAUGAAACUUGCAAGAUUAUUACGUUUGGCUCGUUUAAUUCAAAAAAUUACCCGAUUAUCACAAUAUAGUGUAAUUGUCUUAGGAUUAUUAAUGUUCAGCUUUGCAUUGGUAGCCCACUGGUGUGCAUGUAUUUGGUAUGUUAUCGGUCUCUCUGAAGUUGAUGGUUCAGAUAUUGGAUGGCUUAAGGAUUUAGCACGACGACUGAAAACCCCUUUUGGGCUAAACAGAUCUGGUGGACCAUCAGAGGGAUCAAAGUAUUUCACUGCUUUAUACUUUACAUGCAGCAGUCUUACAUCUGUUGGAUUUGGUAAUGUCUCAGCGAAUACAACAAAUGAGAAAAUAUUUGCAAUUUGUAUUAUGCUUCUAGGUGCUCUUAUGCAUGCAGCAGUAUUUGGUAAUGUGACAGCAAUCAUUCAACGUAUGUAUGCGCGUCGUACAACAUUUCAGUCAAAAGUUCAAGAUUUAAAGGAAUUUAUUGAAGUACAUAGAAUACCAAAAUCAUUAAAAAAUAGAAUGGAAGAUUUCUUUCAAACAACAUGGGCUAUCAAUCGUGGAAUUGAUGUACCAGAUGUUUUAAAAAUUUAUCCUGAAGAAUUACAAGGUGAUAUUUACUUACAUUUAAAUCGUGAAGUACUUGGUUUAAAAGUAUUUGAAAAAGCCGAUCGUGAUUGUUUAAAACGUCUAGCGGUUAAUUUCAAAUUGACAUUUUGUACACCUGGUGAAUAUUUAAUACAUACUGGUGAUAUUCUUCGACGUUUGUACUUUGUUUCAAAUGGAUCGUUGGAAGUGUUGGAAAAAGAUGAAGUGGUUGCACUUUUAGGUAAAAAUGAUUGGUUUGGUGCCUUUAUAGAUUCUGAUUCAACGCUAAAUAAUGCUAGCAGUAUGUCGACAACAUCAACAUUUCCAGUUAUACGUUCAAGAUGUGAUGUCAAGUCGUUAACCUACUGUGACCUGCAUUAUAUUGAUUUGAUUACACUAAGUGAAAUAUUAAAUCAACAUCCACGCUUUAAAGCAGAGUUGAAAAGUUACUUGUAUGAGGAUUUAUCAUUCAAUAUACAAGAAGGAGCUGAGAAUUUCUAUUCAAGUGAUGUGAUUACAGUCCCAGCGAUCACAUUACAACUAGCUAACGAUGACGAUAAAGACUGGGAUAGUGAAGAAACUAAACUCAACAUAGUCGAUGAAGUAGAAAGUCUAAAACCACCGACCUUUAUUUUUGAUAGUAAAGGUCGUAGUUGUAGUCUAACAUCAUACGAUGAAGAAUCUGGUCUGUUAAACAUUCAUUCAAAUAGCCAGUCCAAUUCUGAGUUGACAACUAAUCAGUUGACAAUAACAACUAGAAAUGAAGAAAGACCAUUGGGCAAAUCACCAUCUCCUGUAACAGGCUACAGCUUAUCCCACUAUCCAAGACGUUUACAGUCUUCAGAUAAAAUUUCAUCAAGACGUAAAUUUUUUAUUACAAAAUCGUCGAAAUCCUCAGGAUGUUCAAGUAAUGUAGACUUGGCACAAAAGUCGGUCGAGCACAAAGUACCAUCUCUAGGCACUCAAGUUGUUCAAGCACCAAGCGUAAGUCAGAAUGAUACAAAAUCUAUAAAUGAUGAAAGCUUUUCAAAAUCUGAACAAAAUCGUCGACAUACAGUACCAACAGUUCAAGCACAAAAUCCACCCUUGAAAUCAUCAACAACAACGAAUUCGGCUGGAGUAAAUUCACCGAGUCCACAACAUCGUAACUCUGAAGACCAUAAUACAGUUGAUACAUGGUUGUUUUCAAACCAGUCAAGUGGUACUCAGUCGAAUGAUGAAUAUUGUUUUCCUUAUAUCAGGUCAACAUAUUCUUUAUCUAAAAACUGUACUACUAGUGAAAAUAUCAGUAAUAAUAAUAAUGUUCAUGAUAAUAAUAACAGUAAUAGUAAUAGUUUACUACCUGGCCAGUGUCUUUCAAUUCCCAAUUUUUCUACUGGUGUACGUGAAAGAUUAAAUGUAAAUUUAUCCAAUUAUUCAGAGUCUACAAUUCCACAGUUAGUAAUUAAUAAACCUAUCUGUGAAUCUGUACAGCUUCCUCAAUUCAGAUUACGUAAUAAUAGUAGUAAUAAUAUUGGUAUAACGCCAACAUCAAAUCUUUGUCUGUACACAACAAAUACAUCGCCUGUCAAUUCAAUAUGGUCGUGUACAAAUGAAUGUAAUCAAACUUUUAAUAAUUAUAAUCGAUAUUCAUCUCCAAAUCGAUCAAAUCUACUUGGCAGCAGUUUACAUGAUAUUAAUUUAAUUAAUGAAUUACGUAGUUUAAAUAAUCGUCUUGAAUGCAUAGAAGUACAAUUUACAAAACUAUUUAAAUUAUUAGAAUCAAAACAAUUUUUAUAAAAACAAAAUUUAAACAAACAAACUAAUUUAAAUCAUCAAUAAUCAUCUUUAUACUUUUUGUUCAUUUUUAUUUAGCAUUCUUAUGUGUAUUUUUUCAUAAUUUAUCUAUACUACUUAUAUAUAUGUUUGAGUAUGUUCUCCUCUUGAUUAUUUCGAUAGUAUAAUUUAAACAAACCGAAAUUGAAAAAAGUUACGUUCUGUGUACACAUAAUUCAGAUUUUCAAUCAUUUUCUUAUUGAAUCUAUUAGAGAUCAGUAUAAUCCCAGUACAUUUCACAUAUCUGAG